CGCCUCCCACGCCUUGUACUAAUUACUAAAAUGUGAAAUCUCCCCAUCUUUCCCUUCAUUUUCGUCGCCAUGGAUUCCCCUCACCAGCUCCUCGACUCCCUCACCGCCCACAUCGCCCUCUACCACUCCUCCUCCUCCUCCCCUUCUAACCCUAACCCUAACCCUAACCCUAGCCCUAACCCUAAUCCCCGCUCCGCCAUCCUCCGGUGGUUCUCCUCCCUCCCCGUCUGCCACCGCCAAUGCGCCCUCACCGUCGUCGACCCCGACUUCGUCGUCGUCCUCCUCCAGAUGCUCUCCCGCCUCCGCCGCCUCGGCCAUGGCUUCUUCUUCCUCCUCCCCGACCUCCCCUCCGCCUCCUCCUCCUCCUCCUCCUCCUCCUCCUCCCUCCCCUCCCUCUGCUUCCGCCGCUCCCGCGGCCUCCUCGCCCGCGCCGCCGCCGCCGACGCCGCCGAGCUCGGCCUCGCGCGGUCCCUCCUCCUCUUCUCCUCCGGCGAGGGCGACGGCGGCGAUCGCACCGCCGUGCAUUGCCCCCUCGAUGCCCUAACCGUCUCCGAGGACUUCGUCUCUGACGUGGAUCGGUUCGUCGAGGUCAUGGACGGGAUCUCCGGGGGGGGUUUCCUCAGAGGGGAGGAGAGUGGGGUGGGAGCCGCCGCAUGGCCGGAGUUGGCGUGGCUGAAGAACAAGGGCUACUACAGCUUGGAAGCUUUUGUGGCGAAUAGGUUGGAGGUGGCGCUGCGGUUGGUGUGGCUCAGCGGCCAUGGAGGGAAGAAGCCAAAGGGAGGUAAAGCCGCGAAGGAGAAGGCGGGGACGGUUGGCGUGGCGGCCAAUGCGUUUUGGAGGAAGAAAGGCUGUUUGGAUUGGUGGCUAGGGUUGGAUUGUGGGCACAGGAAGAAGAUCUAUGAUGCCUUUUUAGGAAAGGCCACGAAAUCCCUGGCAGGUGAAGUUACCAAGGGAUGUAACAAUUUUUUGAGAAAUGAAGUGUACUUUCAUAAUCCUGAAGCUGGAUCACUGAUAAGACAUGAUCCCACUGCAUCUUACAAAAAUUUAAAGCAGUCGUUCUUCAGAAGGAAUCGGGACAAUAACAUGGAUACCAUGAGCAUCAUAUCUUCUGCAAAACAGCUAACCUUGGCCAAAUUUUUGAACAGAUUGCAAGUGGUUCAGGAGAUUGCUCGCUUAAGAUGCAAUAACAACCAACUUGAAAGCAACACACUAUUUUUCACUACACUAGCAUCUGCUGGCACUUUAUCAGAUUAUGUACUCAUGAAACUGCGGGCACUUCUUAUGGCUGUAUCCAUAAGUUAUAAAAAUAUCGAACUAAUAGACGAUACAAACUCAGAGAUUCAUCCAGAUAAAAGUCUAGAGAAGUGUAACACUGGUUCUCGGAAAGGAAAGAAAAAGUGUCGUAAUUCAGGAAAACCAAAUGCCACUCUUAACCUGUCCAAGGAUCACGGAUGCGGAAGUAAAGAAGGGAGCCGCACCUCUGGGGUGCUGUCACCCCAAUGUAGUCUCUUAGCCGCAGACACACAGAUCAAAGCCACUAGCAGGCCCCUUAAUGGAAGUUCUAGAAAAGAGCUUGUAUCAAACAAAAAUGAAGAAAAGGAGCAUGGCAAAGGGUUGGGUGAUUGCAAGGGUCAUUCCACUAAGAAGAAAAGCAAAAGAAAAGGAGCUAAAAUGAAAGCUUCUAAUUCAUCAGAAGUUCAAAUCCCCAUGUCUGGAAGCAUAAAGAAAGCAAUUCCCUCUAAUACUGCUGAUAGCAUAUUGGAAUCGUCUGAACUAACUGGACCUGUGUCUCUCAAGCUCUAUGCAAAUGAUUCAGAUGCAAUGAGUGAGCUAGGACCAGUUGACGUAGAUGAGAAACCAACAGGUACUAAGCUAAAUAAUGGCAUUCCUUCUUGCCCUUUGACUAGGGCAGAAUGUUGUAAUUGUUCAAGCCAAUUUAAUGGCCUUAGCAUGGUCCAGAGUGAUUUGCUAUAUGCUGCACCAUCUGAAGAGACCCCACAAGCAUCUCCAUGUUUUCCUUUCACGGAAGAUAAUAUUUGCAGCAAUCAACUGAUCAGAAACAAUGUUGGUUUAAGAAAUCUGGAAGAAAGAGUUUGUGAAAGUGGCUUAACUCACAAGGAAUGUGACCAUCACGGGACUUCAAUUGGAUGUGAGGGUAUGGACCUCUCUUUGCCUGCAGUUGCUCUUGAAGGUGGUGUAGUUAAUAAAGAACAACUGCUUCAAGGUCUUGUCAGGAAUAAUUGUUCAGUGAUUCAAAAUGAUGGUGGUGAAUGUUACAUCUAUGACCACAGAAACCCAAUGGGAGGAAAAUCGUAUGAGUGGCCUAGCAUAACUCCUCUUAAUUUUAUAUCAACUAAUGCCCAGCAUCUCCCAGCUGCAACAGAUAGAUUGCAUUUGGAUGUUGGCCAUGAAUGGCUCACUAAUCUUGAUCCUUCUUUCCUUCCUCCCAAGAAUCCAGUAAGAAACUCAUCAAAUGAAGGUGGUAGUCGAAUUUUACCAGCUUUACCAUUGCCCUUGAGUUCCGAUUGGCCUCCCAUGGUUAGAAGCUACAGUAGACCAAGUCAAAAUUUCACUCUAUGUUAUGAUUCCAUGCACAACCCAAGAAUGCAAUCUUCAGCAUGGGCAGGUGAUAUUUUUGACACACUUGAUUUAAAAAAUACAUCUGAGUUUGCUGACGAUUCUGAAAGUUAUUGGUAUUCUGAAGAAGAAAACGAAAACCAUGCAUUUUCUGGAAGGAACUAUAACCAAUAUUUUGGUGGUGGAGUAAUGUAUUGGAGUCCAGCUGAAUAUGUUGGGUCUGGCUUUUCUAGGCCACCAUCUCAUAGUUCAGACGAUAGUGCUUGGGCUUGGCAUGAAGCAGAUAUUACUCGAGCUAUUGACGACAUGGUCGGUGUGCCCGCACUAUCUUCUUCCUAUAAUACAAAUGAUGUUGCCUCACCACCUGCUACUUCAUUUUGCUCGCCAUUUGAACCUUCCAGACCUCCACAACAGUCUGUUGGUUAUAGUAUGGCAGGUAAUGAUAUUAAUGGCAAGGUGUUGAACUCCUCUUCUUCAAUUUCAGAUGGCCUAGAAGAAAAAGUCUCAAUAUCUGUGCACAAUUCAUCUAGUAGUGUUGAAGGAGCGAAAGGAGAUACACUUCCAUAUUCAAUGCUGCGGCCAAUAAUUGUUCCGAGUAUAUCAAGACGGGGAUCAAGAUCUGAAUUUAAGCUUACGCAUGAUCAUAGAAGUCCAUGUGUACCUUCUACUAGGAGGGAUAUUCCUCGUAUGAAGCGGCCUCCAUCCCCUGUUGUGCUGUGUGUUCCUCGAGUGCCUCGACCCCCUCCGCCUUCUCCUGUUGGCGAAUCUAGAAAGCGAGGCUUUCAAGUUGUUAGGUCUGGUAGUUCAAGCCCUAGGCAUUGGGGUGUGAGGACUUUAUGUUCUGAUGAAAAAAAGUCUGAUAGAACUCAAGUUUGUUUGGAUGGGCCUGAAGUUGUUUGGCCUUCUUGGGGAAACAAAGGGCUUCCUCCAGCUACGAUGGUGCCAUCUAUUCAGGGUCCUGUAUUGCAGGAUCACCUUAUCAAGAUUUCCCAGUUAGCUCGCGAUCAAGAACAUCCAGACAUUGCAUUACCUUUGCAACCCUCUGAUUUAUUGAACUGUCCAUCUCGAAAGGAAUGUCUCUCUUUGAUGCAAAGUCUUCUUCAUGAAGAAAUCGAUUAUUUUUGCAAGCAGGUUGCUGCUGAGAAUCUGACGAGGAAACCAUAUAUUAAUUGGGCUAUCAAGAGGGUCGCGCGCUGUCUUCAGGUCCUUUGGCCUCGUUCUCGAACAAAUAUAUUUGGUUCUAAUGCGACUGGUUUAGCACUUCCAACUAGUGAUGUAGAUCUUGUGGUUUCUCUCCCUCCUGUUAGGAACUUGGAACCUAUUAAAGAAGCUGGAAUUUUGGAAGGUCGAAAUGGUAUUAAGGAAACAUGCCUUCAGCAUGCAGCAAGGUAUCUUGCAAACCAGGAAUGGGUUAGAGGUGAUUCCCUCAAAACAAUUGAAAACACUGCAAUACCUGUCAUCAUGCUUGUGGCUGAAGUUCCUUGUGACAUUAACCUCUGCAAUGAGAACUCUUCUGUAGUAGAUGCCUCACAAGAUCAUUCAAUCACUAUCGCUGGGGAGCAAGGAAGUGUUCCUCAUUCUGAUAGUUCUUGCCCAGAAAGUAGCUCCUGGCCUAUGUACUCAAAGAUGAGAAAGGAUGAUGCCGCUGAUGUCAAAUGUAUCCGUCUUGACAUAAGCUUCAAGUCACCAUCACACACUGGACUCCGGACUUCUGAAUUGGUUAGAGAUCUCACUCAACAGUUUCCUGCUUCCAUGCCUCUUGCUUUGGUUCUCAAAAAAUUUUUGGCUGACCGUAGUUUGGACCACUCCUACUCUGGUGGUUUAAGUUCUUACUGUUUGAUCUUGCUGAUUACUCGCUUUCUUCAGCAUGAACACCAUGUUGGCCAGCCGACUAACCAACAGAACCUGGGCAGCCUUUUGAUGGAUUUCUUUUACUUCUUUGGGAAUGUAUUUGAUCCACGCCAAAUGCGUAUUUCUAUCCAAGGAACUGGCCUCUAUAUGACCCGGGAAAGAGGGCUCAGCAUUGAUCCGAUUCAUAUUGAUGAUCCUCUGUACUCAGAUAACAAUGUUGGCAGGAACUGCUUCCGUAUUCAUCAGUGUAUCAAGGCUUUUGCUGAUGCUUACUCUGUACUGGAAAAUGAGUUAACACAGUUUUCUGGAGAUCAUACUCCAACUUCAGCAUCGUCAUUCAGUCUACUUAGGAAAAUCAUCCCUAGUAUAGACCAUGAUGGUUAAAUUCUGAUUUUCGAGUACAUUGGAACUGACCUUAAUGCAUGUCCGGCAUUGAGAUGAGCUCCAGCUCUCUACCACAGUGACCACGAAAAACGACUCGACGCCUAUGGAGUUAUGUGUGCUAGUUUUUCAUGUGGCGGAUGGAUGAAUUCGUUACUGCAGAAAAAAAAAUGUGUUGCAGGGAUCGGCAUUUUAACUGCUGGCAUGUAUGCAUUUGAUGCUUCUGGUGUUACAAACCUGCUUAAACUCUCCUCUUUCUUAUCAUGUUGAACAAGGGCUUCACUUGUUAUGAUCAAUGACGGUAUCUGGUGGAUUAUCUUUUUCCUCGGGAGCAGGCUUGACUCAUGACAACUGCCUCUCGUGUCCGGAAGUGAAAAUAGAUUAUGUUGCAAAAAGGAACUCCUAAAAGGACUCGGCUGGGAAAUCACAUCAUCCAGAUCUUGGAUAUACAUUUGUAAUAUCGGUGUUCGUCACUUUAAUCCUAUCAGUUACGCAGGUCUCAUAAUGGAAAAUAUAGCUUUGAUGAUCUUUUGUAAGAGAAGCGGAUAGGUCGGAUAGUUGUGGUGGCAUCGAAUUAGAAGUAUGGAUAAGAUGCUGAAUUAUAGAGAAUGAAGCUCACAAUACAAGUGAGAACACAGAGCGCCCGAACUCUAUUCCUCGGUGAAUUCGGAUUCCCGGACCGUCCAUCUUCGUUCCUUUGAGAAGUUUCAAUGAGAAGUGGAGGCGAGCUGAUUCGAGAGAGAUUUUGGGCCGAAAAGAAAAGCUGCUUUUCUCUGUUUAUGUAGUGUUGUGUCACUUGUGAUUUGGAAAAAACAGCUUCAUUAAGAAUGAACCGAAACAUUGUUGUCUUUGCUUGGAUGCUGGUCGGCCAGAUAUAUUUGCUUGGGAUGUGUAUAUAAAAUGUAGGUAUACCAAUAGUGACUAGCAGAGUUACAGUAUCUGUUAGUCUUAUUAAAAUGUUAAGAAAGAAGAAUCUAUAUUAGUGUCACAAAUCCUUUAUAUUUUUUCUGCCA